AUGUUGCUUAAAAUACUUGUAUUGUUUUGCACAUUAUUAUCGGCAAAAUUGGCAGAAUCCUUUGUGAAACCACUGCGCUAUAAUUUGACAAUUCUUACGCGCCUGGGGAGUGAAGAUGAGCAGAACCAGUUUGAGGGCAUCGUGUCCAUCGAUAUUGAAGCGACACAACCAACUCGCGUCAUCUAUUUAAAUUCUCUCAACAUAACAAUAUCUAGACAAAGAACAUGGAUAUACCGAUGGGCUAGCGGCAGAAAAAUCGGUGCUCUCCAGAUAAAGAGAAUUAUUAAAAAGACCAGCUUAAUUAAGAUAGUAAUCGAACUCCCACUCAGAAGUGGCGAGAUAUACACACUCAACAUGUUAUUCUCGGGUAACCUAGAUCGGAGUCAGCAAUAUGGCUACUUUGCCGGCUACUACGACAAAACGCCGAGGGUUUUCUACUCCGCGACUCGCUUGGAACCGGACUAUGCUCACACCGUGUUUCCCUGCUUCGAUGACCCACGCUUUCGGACCCCAUAUAACAUAACAUUAGUGCACGACCGGAAAUACGUUGCACUCAGCAAUAUGCCACCCGUAGAGGAGAAACCAUACAAGGAGAUCGAAAACUAUGUGUCGACGACAUUUAUGGGUUCACCACCGCUAGCCACACAGCAGGUCAUGUGGACUCUUCAUCAAUUAGAGAAAGUUUACAGUGGUCCUGCGGCUGCGGGUGAGAAUAUCACCGUCUGGUCACGGCCGCACUUGGCAGAGAAACUGGCGAAGGUGCCGGAAAUGACGCCCAAUUUGUUUAGUAAAUACGAAACCUUGUUCGCAUAUCCAUUGCCAAAAGGAGCAGAUUGGGGUGGUAAGGUCGAUCAUGUAGUGUUGCCUAGAUAUACAGAAAUGUAUAGCGGUCAGGGCAUAAUGGUGUACGGCGAGGAUAUCGUGGACUCAGGACAAAACGGUCUUGAAAGCCUGCAGGAAACGCUUGCGGAGCUGGUAGCGCGGCAAUGGAACGGAUUGCUGGUGAACCUCGAAGAUUCGGAUGAAGAAUAUGUGCGGAACGGCAUUAACUACUAUCUGAGCGUCCAGGUGAUGGCCAUGGACAAAGAGGCGUAUAACACGACUCACCUUUCAAAAACGCGUCUAGAUGUUUUGUAUCAUGAUUCCUUGGCCAAAGUAAAAUCGAUCGCUACCGAUGUGAAGGAAUCCGGACACCAGAAACUCCGCAAAAAGAAAAUGUGUCUGCUCAUCCACAUGCUAAAGGUGGCCCUCGGUGAUAAGUUGUUCUUGAAGGGACUGCAAGAGUUCUUUAAGCGAUACGCCAACUCAUCUGCUUCAUCCAAGGAACUGUGGGAGGAGUUCCAGCGAGGGGCACGCCGAAGUCACCAACUGCCCACCGGUGUGAGUUUACCCACUGUGAUGGAGUCAUGGAUGAAGCAACCAGGUUUCCCGCUACUCACCGUCCAGCGCGACGAUGCGAAGCAAAUUGUGACCAUAACGCAGAGUCGCUAUUAUCAGAAAUAUUUGGACAACAGUUCCAAUGACUGCUGGUGGGUCCCGGUCGCUUACAUCGUCAGGAAUCUUACGUUGCCUCAGGUGGAGUGGCUCGGCUGUCAGAAAAAUAGUAGAGAUAUAUUGGAACUCAGCCACAUCGCUAAUCCGGAGGAUUGGCUAUUAAUAAAUGUGGAUGCUGCAGUUCCUCUUCGCGUCUUCUACGAUUCAUACAACUUGCAGCUGAUCAGUGAGGCUCUGCGUCAGGAUUUCACCCAGAUUCCGGAGCUUAGUCGCAUCCAGUUGGUCGAUGAUGCCCUCAGUCUAUCGUGGUCAGGUCGGUUGCCGUAUAACGUCACCUUAAACGUGAUCUCAUAUCUUUCGAAUGAGACCAGCGUUUUGGUUUGGGAAACAGCGCUUUUGAAUUUGGAGAAGCUACAGAGUAUCAUGCGAAUGACUACGGGCUUUCGUAUCUUUAAGCUUUACAUGCAGAAACUUAUUGAGCCAGCUUUUAAAACAACAUUAAAUUCCCUCUCAACAAAAGCCAGAACUGGUUCGGAAAUACCGAUCAAUACGAAAUCGCCGGUCACCACGGAGUCCUCGGGCACCACAGAAUCCCCGGACACCACGGAAUCCCCGGACACCGCGGAAUCCCCGGACACCACGGAAUCCUCGAACACCACAGAAUCCCCGGACACCACGGAAUCCUCGGACACCACAGAAUCCCCGGACACCACCAAAUCGGAUUUGUCGUUGUCGGCGAUUUUAUACCGGCUGGCGUGUCAGUUCGAAAUCAAGGAAUGCCUAACGGACGCACAGCAGCGAUUUCAGGCGGCGAUGGACCAGAAAUCUAGCUCAUCCAUUCCGGAGGAGAUUCGGGAAAUCGUGCUCUGCAGGGGCAUUCGUAACGGCUUGGAGGUUCAUUGGAUAAUGGUGCGGGAUAUGUUCUUUGAGUCCGAGAAUGAUAAGGAGAGGAGUAUCCUUCUAAAUUCUCUCAGCUGCACCACGGAGUAUUGGGCGAUGCAGAAGUUGCUCAGCUGGGCGCUUGACUCAAAAAAGGUUCCAAGAACGAUGACAGCCAGUCUUCUGAGCGCCGUUUUGAGAUCCCCAUUGGGCUACUAUGUGGGCAAACAGUUUCUCAUUGACCAUUCUAAGGAAAUUCUGCGAAGCAAGGACGUUAAAUUGAUUUUGACCCCGUUUAUCAAUGCGAUGUCUACAAAAGCUGAAUUUUCGGCGCUGAACGAUCAUUUGCAUAGGAACCUUCCAUCCUCAAUGGUUUCUGGCUUAUCAUCCACGUUGGAGUCUGGUUUAGAUAGAGUGAAUUGGCGAAAUAACUUGUACUUUGAUCUGCUUAAAGCCAUUCGAGAUUUUACUCUGGAUGAUGGUCCCAAAAACAGUUCUGAUUCGGACUCCAAUUAACUAAUUGUUAAAUCAAUAAAAAUAGUAGUUACACAAG